AUGACCCAGGGACUGGAGACUGCUUUGGUGAUAGAGUCCAUCCUUACUGAGUUCCGGGGACCAGCCGUCCUUGACAUCGAUGGCAUUCACCUGUUCAAGUGGCCAGAGGCAGUCGACACUCACUGGGCAGUUGCGAGCAAGCACCUCAGUUGCAUGCAGGAUCCCCCUGGCAUACCGCUGUAUUUUUCUGUGAAGGUGGUAGUGAUGAACAGCGUCCGACUGAACAAGCUCAAGUGCCAGCGAGGCAGCAACUUUAUGGAGUGGUUGCACGCCCACCUGUUCAACGCCGUCCCUUCACAGCGAUGUGGGAUUCUGCCAUUCCAAUGCUGUCGGACACACCGUUCCCAGAAGCUCCUGCGCUGCCAGCUGCCAACAUCCCUCCCACUGCCAGACCGGCCUCAGGUCCAGUACCAGCACGUUCAUCACAAGGCUGGAAAAAGGCGUGGUGAGAAGCGGAGAUUAUUUGUUGAAGAGCCAGAGCCUGUGCCUCCUGUGAACCGGCCCGUUCAGCCCACGGCGUCGUCCUCCUCCACUCGGCCAAAGCCUGCUGAGCCCACCCCCAUUCUGCCAAGGCCUGCUGCGUCCACCCACCUCCAACCAAAGCCUGCUGCACCCACCUAUGGACCACCCCCUGUGUCGGCAGCACCCAUACUGCUGGUUCUCCCCGCACAGCCACAGGCUCCCUCCGUCCUGUUUCGUGGGCUAUCGUGCGGCCAGAGCUUUGUACCUCCUGCACCAACAGUCAAGGCAUUCAUGCCGAACAAGUCCUCGCGGCCAUAUGGGGCUUGCCACGUGCCUAAUUGUGGUGGACAGCAGAAGAGGUACAUACCUUCCAAGGACAAAGUGGCUGGAAGCACCCAGAAGAUAUUUUCCUACUGUCCAUCCACUAGGAAAUCCACCACCUCUGGGUUUGACAAUGUGGUGUUCGACAGCUUUGAACACUUUAAAAGUUUGGUGGAUGCUGAGUUGGAAAAGAGGAGAACUGUGUAAAUAACUUACCUGUGUGAUGCCACUUCUCCUGUGCCAUCUGUAGGAGAGAGAAAGAGGCUUGUUUGUGUUGGUUUGUUUGUUUGUGUUUCAAAGUGCUUCAGCAAGUACAAUCUAUUUAUUUAUAUAGUUCAAAAGUUCAAAAAAAUUCACUUUACAGUUUUACUUAAGAAUGUUCCUGUGUUUGUUUUUUUUAUUAUUAUUUAUGUUGCUGUUAAAAUGCACUUUGUAGUAUCUUUUUUUUUAUACAAACAUGUUCUGGCCUAUGUUCAAUAUCAAGGCCAAUCAUUUUAACCUUAAUCAGUUCCGAUCUAACACAAUCAGUUUACAUACCCUUUAGUGGUUGUUCAUGUUCAGAUAAUCUGUGUUUUUGUCAUGCGUGUUGUUUGUUUGUCUUUGUCAGCUUCAUGUCUUUGUGAUGUUUGUAUGUCUUUGUCUGCUUUUGUCUGUUGAACAAAAGUUUGCCAAAGAAAACACACAAAAAAUGUAACAGACAGGAAUGGCUUGAGCCUUUAUUUGUUGAUUAGUGACCUGAGUCUUUGGAUAAUCCUGUUCUUUAUUGGGCUUUGGCCUGUACAAACCAAUUGUUCAUUUGGUAUGCAAGUUUGUGUUUUUAAUUGUUAAAGUGUUUUUGAUUAUUAUUAAUGUUAUUUAUGUGUGCGUGUCCUUGUGAUGUUUGUAUGUCUGUCAGCUCCAUGUUUAACUAAAUGUUUGCAAAUGGUAGUAAAUGUUUGUCUCUUGUGUUCUCGCUCGUAGAUCUGUACCUUGUUGUGGUGAGUGAGCUUUAAACCAAACAGAUUUUGUUUACUUGUGUUUUCAUGCAUUGCCUUUUAAAUGAAACACAUUCUGGGUGAAAAAUAAAAGUUGUAAAAGUAUUUCAAGUAUUUUGGAGUCUCUGUAUGCUUGGGUUUCAAGGGGUGGGAUAGUGUCAAAAAAACAAACAAAAAAAACAUCAAAGCAAUUAGAAGCCCAAAAAUUUAACAAUUGCACACUGUUCCACUUGACUAUAUGAAUCUCAUCAGCUACAUCAAAUCAAACUAUGAAAAUAACAAACAAAACAUUCAGCAGACUAGUGGAUUUCAAUAAACUAGGCCUUGUAUAUGACAAUUUCUGUAAAUAACACUUCAGGAUAUUGACCACCAGAUGGCAGCAUCCGUUUUGAUCAUUUUCGAUCA